CCUGUCCAUCUCCCAGCCUUUCGUGAGAUUCCUGCCUGUUCAGUCCCCUCAUUCGAAAUCCUCUGCUAGCGCCGCUCACUCGGGUUGUGGGCAUAAGCCUAAUCUCCACCCUAGCAGACUCUCUUUGUCGCUCGUGUGAUUCCAGUUCAGCAAAAUAGUGGCGCCUUUCCUUUUUCAGCGACUGCCUAAAAUCCCUAAGCUUCUGUUCGAGCAAAUCUCUAAUUUCCUCAUCCCUCCUACCACCUUCAAUCGGUACAGACUGAGGGUUAAUGGAUAUAUCAAUGACCUUGAGUGGAGUUCUCUGCUUCAGAAUCGACUCCUUGAUCAGUGCCUUGAAGCUGUGAGAAUGUUCUACGCGAGUAUGCAGUGCAGUCCUAGACGUUAUCCGUCGUAUUUCACCACCACCGUCUACAAUUUCAGUGUGACGGUUACUGCUGAUAUGUUGGCUACCCUGUUGCAUCUCCCUCAUGGUGGUUACCAAGCUGGAACUGCAGAAGACUUUGACAGCUAUGGGUUCCACCCCAUAGACACAAUGUCUUACUUAGGUAGUGAUUACGGGAGUCACCAGCUCUCGAUGUUUUCCGUUGAGCGGCUACCGGAUGAUCUGAAGGCCCUGCAGUUCUACAUCACUCACGUGUUUCUCCCUCGCGCUGCUGAAUAGGCCACCAUUCUGGACGAGUCCGAUCUCUGGAUUCUGUUCAACGCAAAGACAAGCUACCCGAUCAGCUAUGCCUCCCUGAUGUUUAAUCACAUGAUUAAAUAUCAAGAUGAAGA